GAUGUUCCUUGUUGUUUCCACGCGUUUAAAGAGAGAUGCCAGUGAUCAACAGCAAGAGAGAGCAAGUAAAGGAUGCUGCUGUGCAGGGCACCAAUGACAGCAGUGUGGUCAGUAAAGUGUCGGCUGCAGCACAAGGUUACUUCCACGAUGACUUCCUCAAGCAUUUUGUGUGCAAGGUGUCAAGAAGAGCUCCACUGAUCAAUAGAGGUUAUUAUGUGCGUUGGAAAGCUGUUGAUCACUGUGUGAAGCAGUUCUUACAUGUCACAAAGUCCUGCUUGAGGAGACAGAUUCUGUCUCUAGGGGCAGGGUUUGACUCCCUGUUUUUCCGGCUGCAUGCAGAAGGAGCCCUUGAAGGUGUCGCGGUUUUUGAGGUUGACUUUCCAGAAGUUGCCCGGCGCAAGGCGGCCUUGAUCAGUAGCAAAGCUUAUCUGAAAGACACGUUGCCAGAUUGGGAGACUGUCCUAACUCAGCAGACUAAUGGUGUAUUUAUCAAAAGUGGUCAUUAUAAUCUUCUGGGCGUGGAUGUCAGGAAGGAGCAAGAGGUGGAGGUGACUCUGAGCAGAGCUGGACUGCAGUGGGAUGCUCCCACACUCAUCCUCUCAGAGGUUGUGCUGACUUACAUGGAAACACAAUGGUCAGAUGCUGUGAUCGGCUGGACUGCCAAGCUUCUCCCACAGUCUAUGUUUGUGAUGUACGAACAAAUCCAGCCAGAUGACCCUUUUGGCCGGGUCAUGCAGAACCACUUCAUGAAGCUCAACUCUACAAUACAUGCUCUCAAACAGUAUCCAGACACUGUUGCUCAGACACAGAGGUUUAUACAAAAGGGCUGGGAGAAAUGUGUCUGUAUGAAUAUGAAUCAGUUCUACUUUGACCUUCUUCCUGACGGUGAGAGGCAGAGAGUGGAGAGAAUGGAGCCUUUUGAUGAGUUUGAGGAAUGGCACGAGAAAUGUUCCCAUUACUUCAUCCUGACAGCCUCCAAAGGCUCUCUGACAAGCAACGCCCUUCUCACAUCACCAAAAGUGUCCUCUAUUCCACGCAUGACUCAAAGGGCCGAGCAUCCUUCACUGGUCGUGCAGCCCAUGUGUGGGUCUGCAUUUGUGGAGGCUGUGGGUAUGGCCUCUGCAGUGCUGCGCCCUGGAAUCAUUCUUCUCACCGGAGGCUGUGGGAGAGGAGGAAGAGACACAGCAGCGAGGGUCCUGAUCAAAGAGCAGUCUGCUUGGAAAUGUGCCUGUGUGGAGCCUCAGGGAGACAGAGUGGUGAGUCUUUAUCAGUCACUGACCUCUGUCCCUGGUGGAGGAGCUGUCCUCUUCGGUGGCAGAACUUCUCCACUCAAUCCACUAGGCAGCAUUGUGCGGGUAACCUUUGCCUUAGAUGAUCACCCAUCCGAAAACAAAGUACAACUGUCAUUUAAGAACAUGGUGUGUACCGGCAUUGGUCCAAAGCCCCGAUGGCGACACACAUCGACCUUUAUUAGUCAUAGAGAGAAGACUUUUCUGUUUGUGUAUGGAGGACGUACAGAGAAGGAUCCAGUUCUAGGUGACACACAUUUCCUGUCUUUGGAGGACAAGCACUGGACUGAGGUUCCAGUUGAUGGUGUUGCCCCAGAAGCCCGUCAUUCUCAUUCAGCGUGUCCUUAUGGAGAGGGGCUUGUGAUAUUUGGGGGUUUGGGGAGAGAAGGGAGACCUCUCGGUGAUGCAUUCCACCUGAGACCCAUGUUAUCUGGUUUCUGCUGGGAGAGAAUGAAUUUAGACCCACCCCCAGUGCCCAGAUACUCCCACUCAGCCCAUGUAAUUGAUGAGAAGUUAGUUGUGGUUGGUGGAGUUUGGCAUCAGGCUGAUGGAGUACCAGGAGUUGCUGUAAUAAAUCUAACCACUGGGGGCUGUGUGGAGAUCCAGCUGGAUACAUCAUGUGUGCCUUGGCCUCUUAUGCUGCAUUCAUUCUGCUCUGAGCUGCUGGAAGGGUCUGAAAUGAUGCUCAUGGGUGGAGGUGGAAACUGUUUCUCAUUUGGAACUCAUCUCAAUGUCCACCCUGUAACUGUGUGUCUAAGACCAAUACUUUGAUAUACAUAG